AAAAGAGAUAAAUACAAAGCAACGGAGGAGUAUAUGGUUCAUAAAGAAAAGGAAUCAUCUUAGCUUUAUCAAUAUUGCAUCCUCCCAAGUCUCAACUCUCCCCAAACUUGAGAAAAGCCAUCACUAUUUUCUACAUCUAUCAUCAAUUUGUUUCUAAUAUUAUACUACUCAUUUCAUACUUGUGUUAUCCGUACAGUUAUGGCUGCUCUUUUGCACUACAACUUCACCAUAUAUAUGACUAAUUAAUCCUUUUCUUAAUUAACCCUAUCUUUUUCAUCAUACUAUACUCCUCAUUCUAACCCAAUUCAUCAAAUCUACAAUUUUUAAUAUUUCCCAACUUUCUUGGUCUCCGAUCUUUUCAUUAUCGUCAUACACAAUGUAUUCAGCUCUAAAGCUUUGUUUCUAAAAAAAUUUAGGGUUUUUUUUAGAUGUGUAUUUUUGGUGGGUUUAAUCACAACAUCAAAAAAGGUUUUUUUUUUUUUUUGGUUAUUUGGGUUGUGAUUAGUUUUGUAAUUAGAAGUUGGAUCUUAUUGAAUUAAAUGGAAGAUUAUAGUCAUGAAUUGAGUGAUAACAAUGGAGAACAUCAUCAUCAACAAAGAGGGAAUUUUUCAUAUGUGACAUCAUCAAUCUUGGGUCCAAAUAAUUCAUCUUCAACAUCUCCAUCAUCAUCAUAUGUCGGAAGAAAUAAUCCAUUUCAUCAUCAUCAAUCAAGUUUUCAUCUUCAACCUUCAGUUGUUAAGACUGAAGCUGGAACAACUCACCAACAUUUUCCUAGAUUUCAGUACCCAUUACUCACGAGUUGUGGCCGAGUUGACUCACCCACACCAUCUUCCCUUCAUCCUCAUCUUCAACAACAACACCAUCAUCAAGAUCAAGAAACUCAUCAUCAUCAUCAUCAUCAUCAUCAUCAUCAUCAUCUUAAUGAUGAUAAUAAUAGUAAUCAUGGGAAUAGUCAUGAAGUUGAUGCUAUUAAAGCAAAGAUCAUUUCUCAUCCUCAAUAUUCCAACCUCUUGGAAGCUUACCUUGCUUGCCAAAAGGUGGGAGCUCCACCAGAAGUGGCGGCACGGCUGGCGGCGGCACAGCAAGAGUUUGAAGCAAGACAAAGGGCUUCCUUCUCCAAUUCUAGAGACCCUUCUAAAGAUCCAGAACUUGACCAGUUUAUGGAAGCAUAUUAUGAUAUGCUGGUUAAGUAUAGAGAGGAGUUAACACGACCAGUGCAAGAAGCCAUGGAUUUUAUGCGCAGGAUUGAAGCUCAGCUCAACGUCAUUAGUAAUGGCCGAGUAAAUGUGUUUUCCACAGAUGAAAAAUCUGAAGGAGUAGGUUCAUCUGAGGAAGAAGAGGAGAACAGUGGAGGUGAAACAGAACUUCCAGAGAUUGAUCCUCGAGCAGAAGAUAGAGAAUUGAAAAACCAUCUUCUAAAGAAAUAUAGUGGUUAUUUGAGUAGUCUUAAGCAAGAACUUUCUAAGAAGAAGAAGAAAGGUAAGCUUCCCAAAGAGGCUCGUCAGAAGCUUCUCAGUUGGUGGGAGUUGCACUACAAAUGGCCCUAUCCUUCUGAAUCGGAAAAAGUGGCAUUGGCAGAAGCAACAGGAUUAGACCAAAAACAGAUCAACAAUUGGUUUAUAAACCAAAGAAAAAGACACUGGAAACCAUCAGAAGACAUGCAAUUUAUGGUGAUGGAUGGCAUUCAUCCCCACAAUCCAAAUCUGUAUAUGGAUGGUCACUACAUGGGUGAUGCCGCUUACCGUUUUGGAACAUAACUAAACUUUCUUCAUAUCUUUCAAUUAUCUUAUUCUUUUGUCAUUUUGUUUUCCUUAAUUAGAAUCCAUGUUUAUGAUUAUAUUAAGUGUUGUAUGUUUGUAUGUGUAUCUGUGUAAGUGUACUUGAUCAAGUGUAUAAGCAAGUAGUCUUCUGCGAUUGUAAGAUUUGGGCAUAUUAUUUUAGUCUUUGAACGAAACUUUGUAAUGAUACGUGGUUCGUUGUCCGAUUAAAUGCAAACUACUCAUAUAUUACCCAUUUUGUAGAAUUAUCUAUGUAUGUAUACAAUAUAUAUACCUGAAUGUUAGAAAAAUAAUUUCAAUGACACUCGUGAUAUAGUAAUUAAAAAUGUAAUUUUUAUUACUAUACACACAACUCAAUUUACA